CCGAACCAAGGUCCCGCAACCAGUGGCUCUCAAUAAACCCGCAAGCGUCGCUGACCUGGGAUUCCUAUCUGUCACGGGCCAAAUCUCGCAUGGCAUAUGCACGGACGUUUCGCGUGGUUGACAGUCCGAGCUUUCGCUUCCCACUAUAAAGGCUGGCGACGGUGGACUUUGAGGCUGGUUCCCUACUUCAUUUAUUCUGUUUCUCUUGCGUUUUCUGCUUUUGUCUUGCGUGACGCCUGCUUUCUCUCGUAUCGGAGAAAUAAAGAAGUGUCCCGACUUCACCAUGGAGGAGAAGGCCCCCAAUGCAGAGGCAACUCGUCUCCGUUGGCAGCCAGUCGACGAAGAAACUGGCCAGCAGACCAAUAGAGAUCCUGCGCAACUUUCUCGCAUCAAUUCAGUGGCAUCCAACAGCUCCGCGCGCAGUCGUGCCCGAAGGGCGACCGUUGAUCCCUCACUGUCCUUGCCAAUCCAUUAUCGUACCGUAUCAUUUGAUAUUGAUGAGGCGAGGGACCGUGAACGAGCGGAGGCCACUAAGACGAAGGACAAUGUUGCAGCCGAUCUUUCCAAUCUCGACUGGCAUAAGAUCUCCCCAGAGGAAAUACAGAAACGAUGGCGGGUUGACAUCUCUCAAGGGCUAUCACACGAUCAGGUCCAGCAACGGGUCCGGGAAUAUGGCAAAAACGCACUCUCGCCGCUACCACACCAAUGGUUUUGGCAGAUCUUUGGCUACUUCUUCAAGGGCUUUGGUGCUAUUCUAUUGAUUGGCUGUGUGCUUGUCUUCAUUUCAUGGAAACCCCUAGGACAGCCUCCUGCUGUGGCAAACCUUGCCCUGGCCAUCGUCCUCCUCGCAGUGUUCUUCAUCCAGGCCGCUUUCAACGCAUGGCAGGACUGGUCAUCCUCCAGGGUCAUGGCUUCUAUCACCGCCAUGCUGCCUGAGAGCUGUCUUGUUCUCCGGGACGGCUCUUUGGUGGUGGUCUCCGCCCCGGACAUUGUCCCGGGGGACGUGGUUCAUCUCAAAGCGGGAAACAAGCUACCUGCAGACGUGCGCUUGCUUGGGGUCUCGAACGACGUGGCUUUUGAUCGGUCUAUCCUAACUGGCGAGUCUUUGCCUGUCAAUGGAACUGUGGACUCAACGGACGACAACUAUCUCGAAACGCACUGCAUUGGGCUUCAAGGUACUCACUGCGUUGCUGGCAGUGCAGUCGGUGUCGUUGUCUCGAUCGGAGACUCAACCGUCUUUGGUCGCAUUGCCAAAUUAACGAGCGAACCCAAGAAGGGGCUUAGUACCCUCGAGAAGGAGGUCUUGCGAUUCGUCCUGCUAAUUGUUCUGAUCAUGCUGACGAUGAUUAUCAUCGUGAUCAUUGUCUGGGCUACAUGGCUUCGAGUCAAACAUCCGGGGUGGAUUAACGUACCGACUCUGAUCGUCGACUGUGUCAGUGUUGCCAUUGCGUUUAUUCCAGAAGGCUUGCCGAUCGCCCUGACUGCCAAUUUGACCAUAACCGCCAACCUCAUGAGCAAGAACAAAAUUCUGUGCAAGUCUCUGAAGACUGUUGAAACGCUGGGUGCUGUCUCGGUGAUCUGUUCCGACAAGACCGGGACAUUAACGAAGAACAAGAUGGUCGUGACUGAUUGCUCCCUCUCGACAUCUCGCUUUGCCACAGAGGCCGCCAGAGAUGACAUGGUCAAGAGGGGAAAGAAAAGCGGGAUACAUCAGCUCCGUGGUAUGGCUGGUCUCUGCAACGCAGCCGAGUUUGAUGCCUCCUCUAUGAGCAAGCCCCUUCACGAGAGGGAAGUCUACGGUGACGCAACCGACCAAGCUAUCCUGAGGUUUUCUGAAGGCCUUGGAUCGGUGGCAGAGCUGCGGCGCACUUGGCGAAAGACAUACGAACUGGCAUUCAACAGCAAGAACAAGUUCAUGAUCCGCACGUUUAGUCUGGCAGAAUCUGAAGGCCUGAGUCUCGCAAUGUCUGCAGCAGAAUCGGCACAGUUCAAGCGGAAUGAUACUCUUCUCACAAUAAAGGGCGCUCCUGACAUUCUGAUUGAGCGAUGCACCCAUAUGAUCGACACUGAUGGAAGCGUGCAAUCUCUAGAUGGACGGGCACUGGCACAUGUCAAGAACGUCAAAGAUCAAUGGUCCGGUAAAGGCAAACGCGUGAUCCUCCUUGCACGUAAAGUCCUUCCGGCGUCAGAUGUCCUGUUUCCUCCUUCAUCUCGGGAGUUCGAGUCCGAGGUCUUGAAUCAUGCAAAGACUGGUCUAGUCCUUGUCGGCCUGGUCGGCAUCGUUGAUCCCCCGAGAGAGGAAAUUCCCGAUGUGGUCAAAACACUGCGGCGUGCCGGAGUUCGCAUUUUCAUGGUGACUGGUGAUUUUGGGCUCACAGCUCUAGCCAUCGCCCGGCAAUGUGGUAUAGUCAGCACUCAGGGACCAGUCGACGACUUCUCGUCCCUCAAACGAGUAGAGUCCGAUGAAGAAAAGCUCCCCCGUACUCCCUCCUCCGUUGCAAUCACACUGAGCGGACCCGAGCUCAUGAGCUUAAACAACUACCAAUGGGAACAGCUCUGCCAGUACCAGGAGAUUGUCUUCUGGCGAACCACUCCGGAACAGAAGCUGCGCAUUGUGCGUGAAUUCCGCGCCCGCGACGAAAUCGUCGGCAUGACAGGCGACGGAGUCAACGAUGCCCCAUCUCUCAAGGCAGCAGACAUUGGUAUCGCCCUCGGAAGCGGCUCCGACAUUGCCAUUGAGGCAGCAGACAUGGUAUUGAUGGAAUCGUUCUCAGCCAUCGUGGAAGCAGUCCAGUACGGUCGCGUCGUCUUCGACAACCUAAAGAAAACCAUCAUCUACCUCCUACCAGCCGGCUCAUUCUCCGAAUUCUGGCCCGUGUUCACCAGCGUCGUCUUCGGCCUUCCCCAGGUCCUAUCCUCCUUCUUGAUGAUCAUCAUCUGCUGCUUUACCGACUGCGCCGCAGCCACCGUACUCGCCUACGAAGCCCCCGAAGCCGACGUCCUCCUCCGCCCACCCCGCAAACCGAAACAAACCCGCCUCGUGAACUGGAAACUCAUCCUCCACGCCUACGGCGUGCUAGGCAUAAUCGAAACCGUCACCUCCUACGCCAUGGCCUUCUGGUACCUGGAACGCAACGGAAUUCCAUUCUCCGCCCUGUGGUUCAAGUUCGGCUCCUACCCAGACAACCUCGAUACCGAUUGGCUCACUGCCCGCCUCAACGAAGCCAGCUCUGUCUACUUUAUCAAUCUAGUCGUCAUGUAAU